AUGGCUCACAUUCCUCACCAUGGCUCACAUUCCUCACCAUGGCUCACACCUCACCAUGGCUCACAUUCCUCACCAUGGCUCACACACAUUCCUCACCAUGGCUCACAUUCUCACCAUGGCUCACACUCCUCACCAUGUCUCACCUACCCCAUCACACUCCUCACCAUGGCUCACACUCCUCACGAUGGCUCACACUUCACCAUGGCUCACACCCACACCAUGGCUCACACUUACUCCCAUCACACUCCUCACCAUGGCUCACACUUACACCUCACUCACACGCCCCACCAUGGCUCACACGCCCACCAUGGCUCACACUCCUCACCAUGGCUCACAUUCUCACCAUGGCUCUCACACUCACUCACCAUGGCCUCACAUCUCACCAUGGCUCACAUCUCACCAUGGCUCACAUCUCACCAUGGCUCACACCUCACCAUGUCUCCACACACUUACACCCCACUCACCAUGGCUCACACCUCACGAUGGCUCACACUCCUCACCAUGGCUCACACCUCACCAUGGCUCACACCCCUCACCCCACACCUCACCAUGGCUCACACGCCCACCAUGGCUCACACUCCCCACGAUGGCUCACACCACCAUGGCCCACACCUCACCAUGGCUCACACACCCCAUCACACUCUCACCAUGGCUCACACCCCACCAUGGCUCACACCUCACCAUGGCUCACACUCCCACCAUGGCUCACACCUCACCAUGGCUCACACUCACCAUGGCUCACAUCUCACCAUGGCUCACACCUCACCAUGGCUCACACUUAUACCUCAUCACACCUCACCAUGGCUCACACUCCUCACUAUGGCUCACACCUCACCAUGGCUCACACUCCUCACCAUGGCUCCACCUCACCAUGGCUCAUACUCCUCACCAUGGCUCACACUCCUCACCAUGGCUCACACUCCUCACCAUGGCUCACACUCCCACCAUGGCUCACACUCCUCACCAUGGCUCCACUCCCCAUGGCUCAUACUCCUCACCAUGGCUCACACCUCACCAUGGCUCACACUCCUCACCAUGGCUCACACUUAUUACUCACAUCCUCACCAUGGCUCACACCUCACCAUGGCUCCACUCCCACCCAUGGCUCACAUCUCACCAUGGCUGCCCAUACUGGAAGCUCGGAUCUACGGCUCCCAGUAA